AUGCUGAACAGCUCAUCAUUAUCAAUUGAUCCGCUAGACAUCACUGCACCCGAUCCAGACACUCAUAUUCAUAACCCAAUGCUGGGCAAACUGGCUUGGUUUCAACCAUAUGACCCAUCGGCACCACCAAUUCACAUCGCAGAAGCAGCUUGUACAGCGUUUGCUACCCGACUGCGACAAGUCCUCAGCAAGGAUGCCAAAACAUCCCAUAUAACGCGGACCCAGUACACGUCUGAGGCAAUAUUAAUGAAACUACGCGACCCGGCGCUUCAAUGGCCCAGUUUGGUUCAAGCUCGUCUUCUUAUUCAAGUCGUUUUUAGUCAACUGAGCAGAGUCUAUCACUUGGUGCUUCGCAAAUCAACAAUGGAUGAACUAGAGGAUGCAUACAGGAAAGGUGAUUUCAGCAACCCGAUCUUGAAUUGUAAAUUCUUCGCAUUAUUUGCUCUUGGAGAGGUCUAUUCGGUACGAUCAAAUUCAAAUCCCGAGUGUGGCGUGCCCGGAGCUUCAUUCUAUGCCAAUGCGAUGAUGUUGAUUCCCAUCCUGCCGGAAAGACCGAGCCUUGCUCACAUCGAGUCUCUCCUGCUCUUGUCGUUGUAUUCUUAUUUCUUAAAUCGUCGCCACUCGGCAUUCCUCCUGAUCGGAAGUGCCAUGCGCCUGGGACUAACUCUUGGACUCCAUCACAAUAUUCCAGAAUGCCAGUGUCCUGACCCGAUAGAUCGACAACAUCGUAUUCGACUAUGGUGGACAAUCUAUGUCUAUGAUCGCAUUUAUAGUUCCAAGGCUGGCUGGCCUAACCAGCUUUCUGACGGUGACAUCAAUGUCGAGAUGCCAUCGACCGUGCCCGGUGAUGCCCACGAUGAACAAUUUUCAGACACGGAAUUUUUGAUCGCUAGUAUUGAACUAGCAGGAAUCACUGGCCAGGUGACGGAGAAAGUAUACAGUCGCAAGAAACAGCCAGACUCGUUUCUGCAGCGAGAGCAGAAAUUGUUAAUGGCACUGAAGCAGUGGUCUCAGGCUUUGCCACCACAUAUUCGACUUAUCCGUGAAUCCCGUGAUGGACCGCUGCCGAAAAACGUGAUCUCAUUACAUCUUCAGUUCAAUCAGUGUAUCAUCUUGGCCACGCGACCGAUUCUGCUCUAUACUCUUAUCCAAUCGAAGGACGCCAGUCAUGAUAAAUGUUCCGCUCCCUCCAACGCCCAGACUCUCAAAACUCUGAGUGAUGCAUGCAUUCACGCUGCAAGGAACACACACUCACUGAUCGUGGAUGAGUGGGCUAGCGGUAGCCUGCCGAUCUUCGGUUACUUUUAUGCGCAUUACAUAUUCUCAUGCGCGCUUAUAAUGGUAAUCUCCAGCCAAAUUUACAGCGACCAGUGCAAUGACUUUGCGCUGUUCGAGACUGCCUUUGAGAUCUUGCACGCCAUGAGCGACCAUGGAAAUCUAGCCGCCAGUGAAUUCUAUGAGAAUCUCCAAUGUGUGCGAGAAUGUCUUGACAAGGAGGAGUCGAGUCGCCACUCACUCCCUCUAGUCGAUCCCACUGACUCCCUCCCUGACCCAGCCGCACGGGGCUCGCAUGGCCUAUCAGGCCACCACGCUUUGCCCGAGAUCACGGUCCCUGGUAAUCUGACAGACGAGAUGGAAUUUCUAGGCGCCAGCAUGGAAGAAUUUCUGGCCCAACCAGAUGUAGAUUUUGGGCCACUGGACCCCUCGGGGGUGCCGAUCAAUGUGGCUGACGCGAUGUACUCGUGGCCUACAUUUUCCCUGUGGACUGCAUGA